AUGAGAGAUUCUUCCACUGAAAAUGAAGCCAGCGGAUUACUCCAUUCUAGACAUGACAGUAGCCGAAAAUCGGAUUAUCGUAGCACUCUUGAAUGGAACGUUGAGAUUGACGUAAAAGGGGAAGUUAAUACUGGACAUGAAGAGGAAAAUGGUCGAUUUUCCUUUAGAAAAUUGAUGACAUACACUGGGCCAGACCCAGGUAAUUUAGAGUCUGACUUGCAAGUAGGGUCUGUCGCUGGUUACAAAUUGUUGUGGUUGCUCUUUUGGUCACAUGUGGCUGGUUUGGCAAUUCAAAUCCUGUCAGCAAGGUUGGGUGUAGUUACGCAAAAUCAUCUUGCUCAACUUAUUCGAUCUGAUAUUCAAGAAAUAAUUGGGACCGCGAUUGCAUUGAAGAUUAUAUUUCGCUUGGAUUUAUGGGUGGGUGUUAUGAUUACAGCAACUGAUACCUUCUUCUUUAUGUUCUUGCAACAAUACGGCGUAAGAAAAAUUGAGGCCUUUUUUAUCACCCUGAUCGGUGUAAUGAUAGCUUGCUUUUGGAUAGAGAUGCUAUCAUCCAAUCCGAGCUUUCAAAUGAUUUUGAAAGGAAUAUUGAUACCUGAAUUACCUGAGCAGGCGAAAGUACAAGCUGUGGGUAUGGUAGGUGCAGUCAUUAUGCCACACAAUAUGUUUCUGCAUAGUGCACUUGUUAUGUCACGAAAUUUAGGAAAGGAGCCUUCCAAAAUGAAAAAAAAGGAAGCCAAUUUUUAUUUUGCUGUCGAGUCCACCAUCGCUCUUUUUAUUUCGUACCUGAUCAAUUUGGCUAUUGUAGUUGUUUUCGCUCAGGUAUUCUACGAUCCUGGACGAAUCGUGACAAAGUUACCAGGCUUAUACGAUGCAUCCAUUGUGCUGUCAAAUACUUUGGGUAAAAGUGCGAAAUACUUUUGGGCACUCGGUUUAUUAGCAGCUGGGCAAUGCUCCACAAUGACAGGAACACUUGCUGGUCAAUAUGUUGUAGAGGGUUUCAUGGGGGCAAUUUUUAAAAAGCAGUGGCAUCGUGUAGCACUUACAAGAGCGGUGGCUCUUCUACCGAGUAUGUGUGUAGCGGUAUUAGCUGUUGAUCGUUUUGAUACUAUGGGCGAAAUACUCAAUGUGUUGCAAAGUUUAUGCCUACCUACAGCAAUUAUACCUAUCCUCAAGCUUACAUCGGCCGAGAAAAUUAUGACGAAAACGUUCAAAAAUUCACGGUUAACGAAUUUCCUUUGUUGGUCAAUUUCGAUCAUUGUUAUCAUUUUCAACAUAUACCUUUUCUUAAACUAUUUGGAGGAUCUCGACUGGCCGUUAUACGGUGUUGCUUUUUGCAUACUUUACCUUGUUUUCGUUAUUUAUCUUAUUUAUAUUCCUUUAAAUACCCCUGUACAAAAAGAAAUUGAAGAAGUACACUCUGCUAUAGAAGAAGAUAUCAACUACUCAGGAGCAGAAUAA